AUGAAGGAGAAUGGCCUUCUCUACAGCUGGUUUGAAAGAUACACCAAGACUCAAAUAGCUGUCACCAUCCUUGCUGUCCUCAUAGCAUACGACCAGUGUAUGUAUCUUUGGCGGAAGGGUUCAAUCGCUGGCCCAGCAUUCAAGAUUCCCUUCAUGGGACCAUUUAUCCAAGCACUUUACCCCAAGUUUGACGCCUACCUUGCCCAGUGGGCUAGCGGCCCCCUGAGUUGUGUAUCUGUUUUUCACAAGUUCGUCGUCCUCGCUUCCGAUCGAGACAUCGCACACAAAGUUUUCAAGUCCCCAACAUUCGCCAAACCAUGCAUCGUUCCCAUGGCUGAGACCCUUCUACGACCAAGCGCGUGGGUAUUCCUCCAGGGGAAAGCCCAUACUGAGUAUCGCCGAGGACUCAAUGGCCUCUUCACGAACAAAGCCAUCAGUACUUAUCUCCCUGUCCAGGAGAAGGUAUACGACGACUACUUCGCACGUUUUAUCGCAGCGAGUGAAGCCAAUAAGGGGAAGCCAAUGGCUUUCAUGCGUCUAUUCAGAGAGAUCAACUGCGCGCUCUCUUGCCGGACCUUCUUCGGUGACUAUAUCUCGCAAGAUGCUGUCGAAAAGAUUGCCGAGGAUUUCUAUCAGGUCACUGCGGCUCUCGAGCUCGUCAACGUUCCACUAUCUGUAUACAUACCUUUCACCAAAUGUUGGCGGGGCAAACGCACUGCUGAUGCUGUUCUGGCAGAGUUCGCGUCAUGUGCCGCUGCUUGCAAAGCAAACAUGGCUGCCGGUGCCGAGCCGAAAUGCAUUGUUGAUCAAUGGGUUCUUCAUAUGAUGGAGUCUAAAAGGUAUAAUGAUGGUAUUGCCACUGGCGAAGUGGACGUCGAGAAGCCUAAAAAUCUCAUUCGCGAGUUUACGAACGAAGAAAUCGGACAAACCAUGUUCACCUUCUUGUUCGCUUCGCAGGAUGCUUCUAGUAGUGCUACCACUUGGUUGUUCCAAGUCCUUGCUCAGCGGCCUGAUGUACUUGAUCAUCUUCGAGAGGAAAACCUCAGUGUCCGUGGCGGAAACAAGCAAAGGCCUUUCGAGUUAUCGAUGUUGGAGUCACUUCCCUACACCAAUGCAGUCAUCAAAGAACUACUUCGAUAUCGUCCUCCAGUCAUCUUUGUGCCCUACGAAGCCACCAAGACAUUCCCUGUCACGCCAAACUAUACGAUAUCAAAAGGUUCUAUGAUCGUACCUUCUUGCUACCCCGCCCUUCAUGAUCCUCAAGUGUACCCGAAUCCCGAGACUUUCGACCCAGAGCGAUGGAUUACAGGCGAUGCUGAGUCCAAGACUAAGAAUUGGCUUGUCUUUGGAGCUGGCCCCCAUGAUUGUCUAGCUCGCAAGUAUGUUCCUCUGACUAUGGCUGCUAUGAUUGGUAAGGCGUCUUUGGAACUCGAUUGGGUUCACCAUGCGACUAGUCAGUCCGAGGAGAUCAGAGUGUUUGCUACUUUGUUUCCAGAGGACGAAUGCCAGCUGGUAUUCACACGCCGAGAUUAG